CUGGCACCUGGGCGAAGAGGAGGCGGGUCUGAUCCGUGAGCCUGCUCCUCCUUCCCUGAGGCUCUGUCUUGUUCCAGGGAAGAGAGAAGGCAGGGGCUGCUGGUGAGUCCCAGAGAGAGAGACCGCCUUGCCUUGCCUUGCCUUGCCUUGGGUGCCACUUGCUUCCCGGAGCCUCCUCUGCCCCCGCCACCAGCGCCAUGGUGAAGGUGUCGUUCAACGCGGCCUUGGCCCAGAAGGAGGCCUCCAAGAAGGAGGAGGACGAGGAGGACGAGGAGGCUGCCCUGGCCGAGAAGCAGGGCAACGGCUACAGCAGCAGCAGCAGCAGCCAGGUCCUCAUCCUGCCCCCAGAAGCCAAGGAUCCAAGGGAAGUGGUGCCUGUUGGACAAAGGAGGGCGUGGUGUUGGUGUAUGUGUUUUGGAUUAGCGUUUAUGCUUGCUGUUGUGAUACUUGGUGGUGCCUAUUUGUACAAGUAUUUUGCAUUCCAGGAAAGUGGCGUUUACUUCUGUGGAAUAAAAUAUAUUGAGGAUGGUCUAACUCUAACUGAGUCAGAAGCAGAUGCCCCAGCUCCUCGUUAUCACAUAAUUGAAGAAAACAUUCAGAUCCUCCAGAAGGAAGAAGUAGAGUUUAUCAGUGUGCCUGUUCCAGAAUUUGCUGACAGUGAUCCAGCUGACAUAGUUCAUGAUUUUCACAGAAGACUCACAGCUUACCUUGACCUCAGCCUGGAUAAGUGCUAUGUCAUUCCACUGAACAUGUCAGUUGUUAUGCCACCUAAAAACUUCUUGGAGUUGUUGAUCAACAUCAAGGCUGGAACCUAUUACCUCAGUCUAUUUGAUUCAUGAGCAGAUGAUAGUCACUGACCGCAUAGAAAACGUGGAUCAGCUGGGUUUCUUUAUUUAUCGCCUCUGUCGUGUUAAGAGACCUACAAACUGCAGCGUAAAGAAACUCUUAAAGGAAUCCAGAAGCGUGAAGCAAAUAACUGCCGAAUAAUUAGACACUUUGAGAACAGAUUUGCAGUGGAAACACUCAUUUGUGAAGAAUAAUGAGGAAUAUAACUGUAACAGAAGACUGAAAGAAGAAAAUCCUACAUUGAUCAUAGCCUUUAUAUUAUGUGCAGUGAUUUUGGUUUUAAAUCAUUUAUAUAAGUCAGGGGUAGGCAACCUUUUUGAGCUGGGGGCCAGGUUGCUGUCCCUCAGACAACUGGGGGGGGGGCGCACGAAAAAA